AUGUCGAGAAAUAUUACAGUAGCAGCAAUCCUCAUGUUACUGACAGGAGUUCAGGCUCAGCACAGUGUAACUCUCUCCUCUCAGAGUCUCUGUGCUGUUACUGGAUCUACAGUAAAAAUCCCCUGUACAUUUACAAAACCUUAUCAGUCCAGUGUCACACAGAGAGAGUGGUAUCGAGUCCAGAGCUCUGAAAGAGAACCACAAAACCUGAGCAAAGAUCCACAAUACUCAGGACGAGUGUCUGUAAGAACCUGGUGGUCUGACUGUGAGCUGACACUGAGAAAUGUGAGAGUGAGUGACUCUGGAGUUUAUAACUUUAGAUUUAAAACACAGAUAAGUGUCUGGAUAUCAGCCUCAUCUGGAGUUCGACUGACUGUUACAGACUUGCAGUUGAAGGUGAAUCCUAACACUGUAGGACAGAGAGAAGUGAAAGUGACCUGUAGCUCCACCUGCAGCAUCAGCACACACCGUUACUACUGGUACAGGAAUGGCAAUUACAUCAGAUAUACCACUGACGCCUCCAUUGUGCUCGACUCAACCAGUCCACAUGAUGAAGGCAGCUACUCCUGUCAGGUGUAUGGGAAAGAACACCGCUCUCCUCCAGUGUGUGUACUGGGUAAAGAGUGUUGGGGUGUGACUUACACUCCUGAACAUGUGUGUGCUCUGAAAGACACAUCGAUUGAUUUGUCCUGCUCUUAUAAACACCCUGCAGGCCACACAGUGAUAAAAUCAGUGUGGUUCAUUAAACAGCAAGCUGGUGUUGAACCUGAGGAUGUGAGAGAGGAUGAGGAGUAUCAGGGCCGAGUGCAGUACACACACAGCUCCCAGAAUAACUGUAGUCUGAGAAUCACUAAACUGAGAGAGAGAGACGCUCAAACAUACAGAUUCAGAUUCAACACUGAUGAUCCUAAAGGGAAAUACACCGGCAAACCUGGAGUCUCUCUGUCUGUUACAGAACUGAAGGUUACAGUAUCAGACUUGAGUAAUGGGUAUAAAAAUCUGAGCUGUUUCACCACUUGCACUCUGUCUAACAACCCCACUUACAUCUGGUACAAGAACGGACAGCGUGUCACUGACCGGGACAGAAAUGAACUGUCUGUCAGUAGUGAGGAUGCAGGCAGCUACUCCUGUGCUGUAAGAGGACAUGAGGAGCUUCGCUCUCCUGCUGUCUGUCUUUUCGAUAAGAAGAGCUGCUGGAGCGUGACUUACUCCACCCAGACUAUCUGCUCACUGAUUGGCUCAUCAGUGGACAUGCACAGUUAUUACACCUUCCCUGAUCAUUACAAGGUCACAAAAGUGUUCUGGUUCAUUAAAGAGCAGGUUGGUUCUGAGCCUGUGGAUGUGAGAGAGGAUAAGGAGUAUCAGGGCCGAGUGCAGUACACACAGAGCUCCCAGAAUAACUGUAGUCUGAGAAUCACUAACCUGAGAGAGAGAGACGCUCAAACCUACAGAUUCAGAUUCUACACUGAUGAUCCUAAAGGGAAAUACACCGGCCAACCUGGAGUCUCUCUGUCUGUCACAGAUCUGAAGGUUACAGCAUCAGACUGGCGUAAUGGGUAUAAAAAGCUGAGCUGUUUCACCACCUGCACUCUGUCUAACAACCCCACUUACAUCUGGUACAAGAACGGACAGCGUGUUACUGACCCGGACAGAAAUGAACUGUCUGUCAGUAGUGAGGAUGCAGGCAGCUACUCCUGUGCUGUAAGAGGACAUGAGGAGCUUCGCUCUCCUGCUGUCUGUGUUUCUGAUGAGAAAAGCUGCUGGAGUGUGACCUACUCCACCCAGACUAUCUGCUCUCUGAUUGGCUCAUCAGUGGACAUACUGAGUUACUAUACCUUUCCUAACAAUCAGAAAAUGACAAAAGUGUUCUGGUUCAUUAGAGAGCAGCCUGAUGCUGAGCCUGUGGAUGUGAAAGAGGAUGAGGAGUAUCAGGGCCGAGUGCAGUACACACAGAGCUCCCAGAAUAACUGUAGUCUGAGAAUCACUAACCUGACAGAGAGAGACGCUCAAACAUACAGAUUCAGAUUCUACACUGAUGAUCCUACAGGCAAAUACACCGGCCAGCCUGGAGUCUCUCUGUCUGUUACAGAUCUGAAGAUUAUGGUAUCGGACUCAGGUAGUGGACAAAAGAAGCUGAGCUGCAUCACUACCUGCACUCUGUCUAACAGACCCACUUACAUCUGGUACAAGAACGGACAGCGUGUGUCUGACUGUAAAUCUGCCUCCUGCUCUGUAGCUGCAGUCAGUGGUGCGGUCAGUUACAGCUGUGCUGUUGAAGGCCAUGACAGUCUCCUCUCUCCUCCAGUGUAUUCCCCUAAAGACACCAGAGCAGUGGUUCUUUCCUCUGGACACACAGUGGAGGGGGAUUCAGUGACUCUGAGCUGUAGCAGUGAUGCAAACCCUCCUGUUCUCACCUACUCCUGGUUUAAGCAGAGAGCAGCUACAGACACACUGCUGACAACAGGCCAGAAUUACAGCAUCAGCAGCAUCAGCUACCAGCACAGCGGACUGUACUACUGCACUGCUCGCAACCAGCUGGGACAGCACAACUCUACACCAAAACGCCUGGACGUGUUAUAUUCCCCUAAAAACACCAGUGCAGUGGUUCUUUCCUCUGGACACACAGUGGAAGGGGGUUCAGUGACUCUGAGCUGUAGCAGUGAUGCAAACCCUCCUGUACUCACUUAUUCCUGGUUUAAGCAGAGAGCAGCUGCAGACACACUGCUGACAACAGGCCAGAAUUACACCAUCAGCAACAUCAGCUCCCAGCACAGCGGACUGUACUACUGCACUGCUCACAACCAGCUGGGACAGCACAACUCUACACCAAAACGCCUGGACGUGUUAUAUUCCCCUAAAAACACCAGUGCAGUGGUUCUUUCUUCUGGAGACACAGUGGAAGGGGGUUCAGUGACUCUGAGCUGUAGCAGUGAUGCAAACCCUCCUGUUCUCACUUAUUCCUGGUUUAAGCAGAGAGCAGCUGCAGACACACUGCUGACAACAGGCCAGAAUUACAGCAUCAGCAACAUCAGCUCCCAGCACAGCGGACUGUACUACUGCACUGCUCACAACCAGCUGGGACAGCACAACUCUACACCAACACACCUGGAUGUGUUAUAUUCCCCUAAAGACACCAGAGCUGUGGUUCUUUCUUCUGGAGACACAGUGGAGGGGGAUUCAGUGACUCUGAGCUGUAGCAGUGAUGCAAACCCUCCUGUUCUCACCUACUCCUGGUUUAAGCAGAGAGCAGCUGCAGACACACUGCUGACAACAGGCCAGAAUUACACCAACAGCAGCAUCAGCUCCCAGCACAGCGGACUGUACUACUGCACUGCUCGCAACCAGCUGGGACAGCACAACUCUACACCAACACGCCUGGAUGUGUUAUAUUCCCCUAAAGACACCAUUGCAGUGGUUCUUUCCUCUGGAGACACAGUGGAGGGGGAUUCAGUGACUCUGAGCUGUAGCAGUGAUGCAAACCCUCCUGUACUCACUUAUUCCUGGUUUAAGCAGAGAGCAGCUGCAGACACACUGCUGACAACAGGCCAGAAUUACAGCAUCAGCAGCAUCAGCUCCCAGCACAGCGGACUGUACUACUGCACUGCUCACAACCAGCUGGGACAGCACAACUCUACACCAACACACCUGGAUGUGUUAUAUUCCCCUAAAAACACCAGAGCAGUGGUUCUUUCUUCUGGAGACACAGUGGAGGGGGGUUCAGUGACUCUGAGCUGUAGCAGUGAUGCAAACCCUCCUGUUCUCAACUACUCCUGGUUUAAGCAGAGAGCAGCUGCAGACACACUGCUGACAACAGGCCAGAAUUACACCAUCAGCAACAUCAGCUCCCAGCACAGCGGACUGUACUACUGCACUGCUCACAACCAGCUGGGACAGCACAACUCUACACCAACACACCUGGAUGUGUUAGAUUCCCCUAAAAACACCAGUGCAGUGAUUCUUUCCUCUGGAGACACAGUGGAGGGAGAUUCAGUGACUCUGAGCUGUAGCAGUGAUGCAAACCCUCCUGUUCUCACCUACUCCUGGUUUAAGCAGAGAGCAGAUGCAGACACACUGCUGACAACAGGCCAGAAUUACAGCAUCAGCAGCAUCAGCUCCCAGCACAGCGGACUGUACUACUGCACUGCUCACAACCAGCUGGGACAGCACAACUCUACACCAACACACCUGGAUGUGUUACAUUCCCCUAAAGACACCAGUGCAGUGGUUCUUUCCUCUGGAGACAUAGUGGAGGGGGAAUCAGUGACUCUGAGCUGUAGAAGUGAUGCAAACCCUCCUGUUCUCACCUACUCCUGGUUUAAGCAGAGAGCAGCUGCAGACACACUGCUGACAAUAGGCCAGAAUUACAGCAUCAGCAGCAUCAGCUCCCAGCACAGCGGACUGUACUACUGCACUGCUCACAACCAGCUGGGACAGCACAACUCUACACCAACACGCCUGGACGUGUUAGAUUCCCCUAAAGACACCAGAGCAGUGGUUCUUUCCUCUGGACACACAGUGGAGGGGGAUUCAGUGACUCUGAGCUGUAGCAGUGAUGCAAACCCUCCUCUUCUCAACUACACCUGGUUUAAGCAGAGAGCAGCUGCAGACACACUGCUGACAACAGGCCAGAAUUACACCAUCAGCAGCAUCAGCUCCCAGCACAGCGGACUGUACUACUGCACUGCUCGCAACCAGCUGGGACAGCACAACUCUACACCAAAACGCCUGGACGUGUUAUAUUCCCCUAAAGACACCAGUGCAGUGGUUCUUUCCUCUGGAGACACAGUGGAGGGGGGUUCAGUGACUCUGAGCUGUAGCAGUGAUGCAAACCCUCCUGUACUCACUUAUUCCUGGUUUAAGCAGAGAGCAGCUGCAGACACACUGCUGACAACAGGCCAGAAUUACACCAUCAGCAACAUCAGCUCCCAGCACAGCGGACUGUACUACUGCACUGCUCACAACCAGCUGGGACAGCACAACUCUACACCAACACGCCUGGACGUGUUAUAUUUCCCUAAAAACACCAGUGCAGUGGUUCUUUCUUCUGGAGACACAGUGGAAGGGGGUUCAGUGACUCUGAGCUGUAGCAGUGAUGCAAACCCUCCUCUUCUCAACUACACCUGGUUUAAGCAGAGAGCAGCUGCAGACACACUGCUGACAACAGGCCAGAAUUACACCAUCAGCAGCAUCAGCUCCCAGCACAGCGGACUGUACUACUGCACUGCUCGCAACCAGCUGGGACAGCACAACUCUACACCAACACACCUGGACGCGUUAUGCUCAGAGGAGAACACAGGUUUAAAAGUCAUCUUGGUGGGACUGGUCGUCUUCCUGGCAGUAACACUCCUCUCAGGAGCUCUGUGGAUGUGGAAGAGGAAGAGGAGCUCAGCUAAUGGCCACAGCAGCACUGGUGACGGCGAACAGCCUCCGUCUGCUGCUGUGUAUGAAAAUGUCCCAGCCUCAAACCUCAGAGGGAGAGUCGCCUCAGAUGAUCAGGAUAACGUUCACUAUGCCAGUGUUGUUUUUAACUCGCACACACAGGAACAGUCUCUGUCACCCAGACUUCCUCCAGACACCACAGAGGAAGAGGAUGUUCAGUAUGCUGCUGUGAACUUUAGCAGGAACACUGCUGCCAUCCAGCUCGUGGCAGACGAAGCGGCUGAAGAUUCAUCUCAGAUCUACAGCAAGAUCCAGAAAAUCACCAGAAAGAGAACGAGCUGAGAGAGAUGUGAUCGUUCUGUUCUGUAUCCAAACCUAACACAAGAAGAGGGGUGGCCUUGGCAUUUUAUCAGAGUAGCAGUAUUGAAAUUUCAGUAGUGUAUUGUAGUGCUUAUAUAGUACUGUAUGCUGUUUUACUUUAGAAGUUAUGCAGGUCAGGAUUUUAAAGAGGAAUUUAGAUUAUGAUUA